AUGGACAUCGACGACCUUCUCGCCGAAGUCGCGGUCGACGCGACGUCCCUCGAGACGCGGGAUCUGCAGGAGCUCACCCGCGCGUGGGUUGCGGAGCGGUCGGCGCCGGAGAUUCUCACCUGGCCAGCGGAGCUUAUGGAGAGGGUGCUGGACAGGAUUGGUCGGCAGAUUGAGCUUGUGGAGGAGCAGACGGGGAGUCUGGAUCCGCGGACCAACUUCAGACUCAUUAUUGUGCAGACGGAACUCGAGCGGUUCAAGUUCCUGGUCCGCAGCUUCCUGCGCGCGAGGCUGAACAAGAUCGACCAACACCCCCUCCAUGUCCAGGCACAGCACACCGCGUCCCUCGAUACUGUGCAGUCGUUGCUGUCCCCGAGUGAGCUGCAGUACCUCACGUCCCAUCAGGCGCUCCUCUCGCAACACUACUCGGCCUCCUUCCUCUCGCAGUUCCCAGCGAGUCUGCAGAGACUGGACGAUACAACGGGUGGCAUCAGCAUGGUGGACAAGCCGGAUGAAGACAAGGCCGUCUUCGUGCGAGCGCUGCGAGACAUCGGGACGGUGUUUGUAGAGGGAACAGAUCGCCGACUCGAGGUCAAGAGAGGCGAUGUCUGGGCUGUGCGGUGGAGCGCGGUGAGGAAGUGGGCUGUUGGGUGCGGGACCGGUGACGUAGAGCUCAUCUGA